UUCCUGACAGGGUGUGGAGUGAAACUCACCUGGCCAGCUGGCUGCAGCAACUCUGAAGGCUCAAGAUACUUAAGAAUUUUACAAUGGAGUCUCUUGUUGUAGGAAACAACAAGUUUUGCUUUGAUUUUUUCCAAGAGAUAAGCAAAGAUGACCAUCAUAAGAACAUCUUUUUCUGUCCACUGAGCCUCUCGGCUGCCUUUGGCAUGAUCCGCAUGGGGGCGAGAAAUAACAGUGCACAUCAGAUUGAUGAGGCACUACACUUCAAUGAACUUUCCCAGAAUGAGAGCAAAGAACCUGACCCCUGCCUAGAAAGCAGUAAGCAGGUGACCAUUGAUGACUCUCCAGCAGGGCAGAAACAAACAACAGGGUCUCUGGAGGUGCAGCCUGAAUCCUCAAGCAAUGAGACUGAACUGCUUAGCUGUUACUUUGGGAAGCUUCUGUCCAGAUUAGACAGGAUCAAAGAUUCCUACACUCUGAGCAUGGCCAACAGGCUUUAUGGUGAGCAGGAAUUCCAAAUUAGUCAGAAAUACUUAGAUGGCGUGAUUCAAUUUUACCACACAACGGUUGAAAGUGUUGAUUUCCAGAAGAACACUGAAAAGUCUAGACAGAUGAUUAACUUCUGGGUUGAAAGUCAAUGUCAAGGUAAAAUCAAGGAAUUGUUCAGCAAGGACACUAUCAAUGAUGCUACUGUGCUGGUGCUGGUGAACGCUGUUUACUUCAAGGCCAAAUGGGAAACACAUUUUGAUCCUCAAAAUACAGUUGAUGCACCCUUCUUUCUAAGUGAGAACGAACAGAAGAGUGUGAAGAUGAUGAAUCAGAAGGGCCUGUUCCGAGUUGGCUUCAUUGAGGAGCUCCAGGCACAGAUCCUGGAAAUGAAGUACACCUUGGGGAAGCUCAGCAUGUUCGUCCUGCUGCCAUCGCCCUCUGCAGACAAAGGGAAGGGCCUGCAGGAGCUUGAAAAGAAAAUAAGCUAUGAAAAAAUGGUGACAUGGUGCAGUUCAGAAAACAUGUCAGAAGAAAUGGUAGCCAUCUCCUUCCCCCAGUUCACCCUAGAAGACCACUACGAUCUCAAUUCUGUUCUACAAGACAUGGGUGUGACUGAUAUCUUUGAUGAAACAAAGGCUGAUCUUACUGGAAUCUCUUCAAGUCACAGCCUGCACUUAUCCACAACCAUUCACAAGACCUUUGUGGAGGUGGAUGAAGUUGGCACCCAGGCAGCUGCAGCCAGCGGUGCUGUUGGUGUGGAGAAGUCACUGCCGUCUUGUGUGGAGUUCAAUGCCAACCACCCUUUUCUCUUUUUUAUCCAACACAACAAAACCCAAACCAUUCUUUUUUGUGGCAGAGUUUACUGUCCUUGAAAAGGGUAUACUAGGUGUGUCAUUGUCUUUCCCUUGCAUUGCAUGGCAUUUCUGCUGCUAUUUAAAGUUGACCAUAUUCUAUCAACAGCUGUGUGUAUUUUCCCCUCAUAAUCAAUCUGAGAUUGUCCAGAUCUUUCUCUUACCCUAAAGUUGAUUUUCAUCUCUCUGUUAGUUUUGAAGAAAUCUCACUUCUUCCCUGUCUACUAUCCUUCCUCCCUAUCCUUUAUUACUGUAGACUUUCAAUUUCUUUCCUCCUUAUAAAGGAAUACAAAAAGCUCAAUGCAUCACAUGGUAACAUUUGGGAAACGCCAGGCUCUCCUAUUUUUCCUAAUUGGAAUGGAGGGAGCAUGGCUUGGAUAGGGGCUAUCAUACCACUCCCACAUCUCAUUUCCCAAUGGACUGGGGCAGCUUACUUUGGAGUCCUCUCUGCUACCUAGUGAUGUCCUACCUGUUUACCUAUUUGUGUCCUACUUAACUAUUUAAUAGUAUGUUACCUGGCUAUCUACCAGCUACUUUCCACUUUAGUGUGAGCGCAGCUCUGCUGCCAGCAUGUGCCUCUUCCCCAAUUCCUGCCACUUUACACAAUGCAGUUGCCUUUUUGAAGAAGGGAAGGUGUGCCCUGGCAUGGAUAAAAUCAGAGAAUGAGGGAUCUGGACCCAUUGUUAACAUCCUCUACCCCCACAGCUAUCCUUCUAAAAGAUUUUCUGGUUUUAGCCCUCCUCCCUCACUGGAUCUCUGCCAUAACAACUGAGGGUGUGGGGCCCUACACCAAUCACAGGUCUAUAGUUUGACCAAUCACAGGCCCACACCUGUUAUGUAAGCAUUACUCAAUACACACUUCUCUGUUUAGUCUGGGGUAGGGGUGGUGGCUUCUCCAGUGUACUUACCCUCCUGUGCUGCA